ACGGAGCUGCGGCGGAGGGCUGGGUGGGAGAGGGGGUGUGAUGGGUGCUGCGAAACUGCGCCUUCGGCGUGGGGCCGGAGGCAGGGACCAGCCGAGCCUGAAGCCUGGAAGGUCCGGGUUCCAGAUGGGGAGGGCGUGCAGGUGCGGCAGGCGCGCGGGACCCCAGAGCCAGCAGGGUGUGCUUGGCUCGCGGGCCGGCACCGUCCGUGCCCUGGGACUUCUGCAAUGCCCUCCGCUUCGUCGCGUCUUCCCCUAGGCUCCACGCUGCUGGCGUUUCCUUGACCCAAGCUGGGGAGCCGGGGGUUGGGGCGGGGUGGGCACCGGGGAGCUGCUAGAGCUGCCCACUGCUAUCGUGAUCUGGCUGCAGAGCCCUUGGGCGCUCCCCAUCCUGGGAGGCACGGAUGCGACGAAUGUGACUGAGUCUUCCCUGCGGACGCCACGGUUUCCCGCCCUGUUUUCUUAAUCGUUUUAAAAGUUAUGGCCUCGCAACAACCUGGCGAAAGAAUGACUGUGAGAAUUUGCUGAGACUUGAAACAUCACGUUGAAAUGCAGCAUCGUAGGUUUUAUUCGUAAUGGUCGUAGGAACUAAACGUUUUGUAUGCAGGCUAUAAAAAGUUUCCGUGAAAGUGAGCAAGGUGUGUGUUUCUUUGCAAGUUAGCUACAUUAGAUUUGGCAUCUGCUUCGGGUGUUGUAGCGUUAAAGAAAGACAAGCUUCGCAGCAACUCCAGUUCAGUGAAAAGGACUCGUUUGUAAGGCAUAGUAAAGGCAGUUUUCCGCUUUUAUAUUGUGCUUUUAACCUCGAGUUUUUGUAGAUGUUUGUGAGUAGGGGAGGGGAGAGGAAGGGGGUGAAGUAGGAGAUGACAUUUACCUUGGGAAUUUGUUAGCUCUGAUUUGUUUUGGCAGAAAUAUGUCUUAAGAGGUUAUUGGCAGACAAUACAUAAUAGUGUAUAAUUUAAGCUACUGGUUAAUUAUGUGUUUGUGGAGUUAAGGAAAAGGAAGAUCACUGCUGUGAAUACUUGGAAGGCCCCACGGUUGAUUGCAUUUUACUGUAAUGAGGAUGAGAUGUGUCAGAGUUUGGCAAUGACGGAAACUGGUUCCUGCAAGUCAGAGAAAUGUGUGGUGUAGGAGACUGGCUCUCAGAGCAGAGAAGUCACAGCUUUCGUUCCAAGGCUGAGGAUUGCUUACCUGCUCAUCCCUUUUAUUCAGUACAAGGAAAUAUUUAUUAAACACCUGUGCACUUUAGAUUGUAUGCACGACAGAUUUAAAAGAAAAUGAUAAUUACUGUUCUUAAGGAACCUGCUCCCAAAAAGGUGACGGGGAAUGGCCGCGAGAACCGGCUGCCCGUGGUGUCCUGAUGGCGUGGCGGGUGCGCUGACGCGGGGUCUGUGAUGGCCUCGGAGGCGGAGAAGGCCCAGGCCCUGCUCCAGUCCUGCAGCACCAAGCCCCUGCUUUCCAGCCUGGGGCUGGGGCUGUUCUGCCUCGUGGCCGACAGGCUGCUGCAGCUCCCCGUGCUCCAGCAGAACCCCUGGUCCCGCGCCCUCUCCGACAACGCCGUGCACGGCGUGAUCGGCCUGUGGUCCUGGGCCAUCGUCAUUGGGGUCAAGAAGAAGGCCGACUGGAGAGAAAUCCUUUUAGCUGGAUUUUUAGCCUCCGUGAUUGACGUAGACCACUUUCUCCAAGCAAGAUCCCUGUCUUUAAAGGCUGCGCUGAAUCUCCCUCGGAGGCCCUUCCUGCACUGCUCCACGGUGAUCCCCGCCGUGGCCCUGGCCCUCAAGUUCCUGAUGCACCUCUUCAAGCUCAAAGACUCGUGGUGCUUCCUGCCCUGGAUGGUGUUCAUGUCCUGGACCUCACACCACGUCCGUGAUGGCAUUCGCCACGGCUUGUGGAUAUGCCCGUUUGGGAAAACUCCUCCCUUGCCAUUCUGGCUGUACGUGGUGGUCACGGCAUCUUUGCCGCACGUCUGUUCCCUGGCCAUGCAUUUCACCGGGGCCAGACAAGUGAUGUCUUCCAAGCACGGCAUCCGCAUCGACGUCUGAGCUGGCCACGGGGCAGCUGCGAGGAGCCCGGCUCGGCCGGGACAGUGACGGGCAGCCCGCAUUACAGGGAGUUUUAGGACACAUAUUAGGUGCUUAUGUUACUACUAUAAUUCCUGAGUUCUCUUGCUCAGCAGGCAUGGACACAUUUUUAAAGCGAUACACUUGUAAUUCUGCUUCUCCGUCUAGAUGUAGUGCAGUACUAGAGGUCCGUUUAUUCCCUUGUUUCUUCUGUUCCUCUAGCUCUGCUAAUAGCUCUGUGAGGUCAGCAUCCAGUUAAGUUUUCCGGAUGUAGAGUUUUAAGGGAGUCUAUUUCCUGAUGAAAAACAGUUCAGAUUUUAGGGAGACUCAUUUGUGGACAGUUAGCAUCAUAUUUGGAUCCUCCUUUUCCCGAGAUGUUGAAACAGUGAAACGGCCAAAGUGAGCGAGCUCACGAAGGAGGUGACUAGGGAACGCUCCCAUUUCUCUCUGCCCUGUGCGUGUCCGGACGGGAGUCUACUUUGCCAGGUGCCGUCGUGCGUUGAGAUGACUGGCGGAAUCGGCUUCAGCGGGCCUGUGAGAAAUGGUCAUGAUACUCGUACACGCAGCAACUAACAUUAGAUCGAGGUUAUUGUUCCACAGUCCCUUCAGGAAAUGACUGCAGUGUGUUGGCUGGAGUAGCAUCCUCCCAAAGUGCCCCCAAAUCUCGUGUGCUGCAGUGUUAACUGUUUGGGAAAGCAUAACUAAAUUUAACAAAAUGUUUGCUAAAAAUUAACAUGAACACAGUAUCGACAUGUGGCUCAUAACCAGAGAAUUUGAACUCACAGCCGGAAAAGGACUCUCCGGCGGUGUCAUUUCGAAUGUGAGCUCCUGAAUGUGCCGGUGAAAUGGUUUUAGUUGCUGUCGGUGUGUCUGCACACUCUUCUGAAAUACUGCACCAGUGUUGUGUCAUUUUUUAAAAAAAUCGGCCUGAUACUGAGAGACGACGCGUUUUUGUCCCGAGUAGUCUUAGAAAAGUUGAUGUUUCCUUUUUUUCUUUCAGGUUGAUCUUCUGUCAAAAACGGUUAGCCUUGGUUAGCGAAGGGACUCUCAUGCUAUCAGCGUCACACACGCACAGUUUACGUUGCUUGGACAUGAAAAAGCCCGCGCCCCACAGGCACCAGCUUGCGUGGCACACGCACCACGCGCCGUCUUCGCGUGUCCUCACUCACCCGUGACUCUCGGCGCUGGUGGCUGCGUGCCCUCCUCUCUGGGAAGUGGUGCGGCCGUGCCUGGCUGACGCGAAGCAGACUGGGUUGUGGAGUUGGAUAGCUCUGUGAAUCGUACCACGGCUCCAGCCCUUCAGCUCAGUUUUCAUUGUUGUCGUCCAUCAGUCGGUCGUAAUCCGUUAUAGUUUACAGCCUCCUGGGCCUUACAGUCUGUUACUGUCUUUGGAGAGCAAUUAUUGUAUCUGUUGGGUUGGUUUAAUAGUAAAUAUUGUGGGGGGUAAAUUAAGGUAGAGGUUUUUCAAAAGCAUGUGACUUCAGAAACCCAUAGAAAUGAAGUCUGGAUCUUGUAUAACUUUUCCUGACUAAAUUAUGAAACUCUGCUUUUCUCUAUGUUAAACAAAGGACUGUCUUUAAAACAUAGGGCCUUCCUUAAGAAUGUCACAGUGAAAAUCUGGGGGUUGUUCUGACUUCCUUUAUUAGAACGGGGGUCCCCUUUGCCCGUGACGCUGUGCCUACACAGUUAAGUGUGGGCUUGCCUGUGCUCCCACCGCCACCAUCAGGAGUGUUCCCCGUCCCCGCCGUGGGCUCCGAAAGCUGUGGUUGCCACCUCCAGAAACACGACAGCCAGCCUCCCGUGCCCCGGUUCUGUGCCUUUUCUUAGUGAAGGAGUUCGUGUCACGACCUUAGCCCGACGGCUGGGCUGUGUCUCGUCUGCCUGUGUGUGACGUCUGUCCCCUGGAUGUCCUCCGUCCUCUUACCUGUCCCGCCCACCCACGCUGCCACCUUCCUGAGCCAUCCCGGUUAUGCUGGCCGCCCCCAGGGCCUUCGCCCUGAACUCAGCACCCCGAGCCUCGUUUUCCUUAGUUGGGGGCCAAACCCCCCUGGUGCCUAUGGGUUAAAAUUCCCACUUACCCCCUCCCACCCACACCCCGUCAUGCAGACCCACCCUGGGCUCUUUUGGCUGCUGGAGUGCUUCCUGACUUGAGUCCUUUUUCCCCAUCUGAAGGGGACAGGACCAGGGGCUACCAUGGUCCUUGCUCACCCUGUCACAGCUAGACCUUUUUUUAUCCAUCAGCAUUCUCAGUUCCCUUCAUUUGAUAUCUCCUUGUGUUACUCCCCCAAACCCUCCUCACCCCCACACACUGUCCCUGAGGACCACUCCCACCUUGGACCCUGGGAGCACUUGGUUCCCUUUUGUCUUUUGAUUUCAGCCCUCGAUGUCACUCACCCUCAGGCAUCAGGGGGCUGCCUGAACUCUGGGCUUCAGCAUUUCCCUCCUCACCUGCGCCCUGACCUUUGUCGUCCCAUCCUACCAGCCCUGCGCCUUGCGGCAGGCCUCCGUACCUGCUUUCCAGGUGCCACCGCCCAGUUCCGAGACCUCCGCCUGGUUCCUUUUUGUCUCCCAGCGCCUCCCACACCAGCAGACAUCAGUGUCACCUGUGAGUCAGGCUGAAACGGAGAGUGCUUGAGACCCAUCCUCAGAGCUCUGGUGUAGGCGCCAAGAAUGUGCAUUUCCCACAAGUUCCCGGUUGACAGGUGUCUGUGCUGCGGCCCAGGGGCCACACCUGGGAGCCACAACUCUUGGUGCACUUCAUUCUCCUCCCCUCCCGUCAGCAAGCCUGCUCUCUGCCUUUCUAGGGCUUAAAGCCCAUAAGCCUUUUAUGGCUUAACCUGGGACAAAAUAGGCAUCACCAAACUGGCUGCAGCCUUCCCAAGACCCAGAGCCGCUCCUGAAGACAGCCCAAGCGAGUGAGCAAAGACCUGCGUGAUCACAGGAGGCAAAGAAACUGAUCUCCCGUGGAAAUGAGGUGACAGACCCGCUAAUGUGCUUCUGGAAGGGCAGUGCUGGGGCGGAGAUCUUCCCAGCACAAACAAGGCCGUGCAGGAGAAGAUGACAGACCUCUCACAGACCUGGACCCCUGGCAACCCCACAUUCCCCCCGACAGCUGGUGUGUGCAGGCAGAGAGAAUGUUGCUCGUCGCCUCGUGUCCCCAGCCCCUGGCCAGCCGGUUAGCCACCUGACUCAGGCCCAACAACCCGUGCCCUCAGCUGGAGGGACCUGAGGAUAUCCUCAGUGGUGACAACCCCAUGCUCUCAGGACAAAAAAAAAAAACAGGAUGGAAGAGAAUCUCAUGUUGUGAUUUUCCUCCUUGUGACUAUUUUCGGAAAGCUGGGGAUCGGCAGGUACCCCAAACCAAAUUCCCGAGAGCCACAAUCCCAACGCCUACCACAAACACAGGAUUGAAAGAGGGCGUGCUCACUGCCCCCGUGCGUUCUUUGGCAGCAGAGCACCGUCGCUCUGGGUGCUCUGUGCUCUCCUGCGGAGGCCGGCACACACUCGUGCCGGGCAGACAGAAGAAAUCAUGGGAACUUGCUCGUGUGCCCUGGGCUCCCAGCAAAGUGACGUCUAUCGGGCUACAUAAUCCUGACGUCCUGGCUGUGAAACAUAACGUAUAUGCUGCCCACACAUAGUAACCCAGCGAUCAAACGUGCAGAUAGGUUUCCACUUGUUUUCCCGUGGCAUCUCCUCUGGACUCAAAUCGUGGAGCUCUAGCCCGUAAGGAAUUUCUUUGCCUGAUUUCCAAUCCCCUCAUCUCAUGAUGUGACUCCCCCAGCGCAAAACUGCACUGUCACAGUGCCUCAGGGAAAUCUGAUGGCCUUUUUGCCUUGGUGCAGGAGAGCAUAUAAAUCCUCCCACGUGGAUGCAGACCCUAAGUCUCGGGGUCUCCUGGGAAAAGCCGCUCGCCACUUCUCUUCGACAACAGUUACUGUGUUAGUAACGCCUGGGGUGAAAGACAUGCUGAACGCAAUUCUAAUGGACUCUGUAGCUGUGGUCAGAGGUGCAUUGUGAUUUAGUUUUGUUAUGAAUUUAUAGGUAUUAUUUUGUUUAUUAGGGUACUUUUUACCUAUCUGUUUUAUCAAGAAAUGCUUGUUUCUAAUGGUUGCAAAUUAUUGUAAGUAUAAUUGCUGUUAUAGAAAUAAAUCCUCAUUUAAAUGUAAACCCCAAA